CGUUCAGGCGGAACUGGAACUUUAAGCGACCCGCAGCAUGGCCGGUACAGCCAGCCCCCUCCGCGCCUCCGCGCUGUGGCUUUGCGGAGUCCUGUGUCUUGCCAGCUUGCCGCCUCUCCGCGCCGCUCAGCGCCAGGAGGACACGCUCUACAUGUGGAUCGAUGCUCACCAAGCCCGAGUCUUGAUAGGUUUUGAAGAAGAUAUCCUGAUUGUUUCAGAAGGGAAAAUGGCCCCUUUCACUCAUGAUUUCAGAAAAGCCCAGCAAAGGAUGCCAGCAAUCCCUGUCAAUAUUCAUGCAAUGAAUUUUACCUGGCAAGCAACUGGCAGGGCUGAAUAUUUUUAUGAGUUCCUGUCUUUGCGCUCACUGGAUAAAGGCAUAAUGGCUGACCCAACUGUAAACAUCCCUCUACUUGGCACAGUACCUCACAAAGCAUCAGUUGUUCGGGUUGGAUUUCCUUGUCUGGGGAAACAAGACGGAGUGGCAGCAUUUGAAGUUACGGUAAUCAUAAUGAACUCAGAAGGCAAUAUCAUACUUCAGACCCCUCAGAAUGCCAUCUUCUUUAAAACAUGUCAGCAAGCUGAAUGUCCUGGUGGAUGCAGAAAUGGAGGGUUUUGCAAUGAAAAGCACGUAUGUGAGUGUCCAGAUGGAUUUUACGGGCCUCAUUGUGAAAAGGCUCUGUGCACACCACACUGCAUGAAUGGGGGGCUCUGCGUUAUGCCUGGAUUGUGCAUCUGCCCACCUGGAUUCAGUGGCAUCAACUGUGACAAAGCAAACUGCACAACAACCUGCUUCAAUGGAGGAACAUGCUUUUAUCCUGGCAAAUGUAUUUGUCCUGCAGGAUUUGAGGGGGAUCAGUGUGAAAUUAGCAAAUGCCAUCAGCCAUGUCGAAAUGGAGGUAAAUGUACAGGGAAAAAUAAAUGCAAGUGUUCCAAAGCCUACCAAGGAGAUCUUUGUUCAAAGCCGGUUUGUGAACCUGUUUGUGGAUUAUAUGGGACCUGUACUGAACCCAACAAGUGCCAAUGUCAGGAUGGAUGGCAUGGAAGGUAUUGCAAUAAAAGGUAUGGAGCCAACCUUGCAAAUGCCCUGAGGCCAACAGGCACCAAGCACAGGCAACACACACCUUCACCUAAAAGGGCCGAAGAGAGGCAAACGCCACCUGAAUCCAAUUAUAUCUGGUGAACUCCAACAUCUGAAACGUUUUAGGUUACACAAAGUUCAUCGCCUUCGUUAACCUUUCAUGUGUUGAAUGUUAAAACGCUGUUCAUUACAUUUUAAGAUUACUGGCCUGAAUUUUACUAGCUUUGUUAUAAACCACUGAGUUGAUAGUUGCUACUCCUUUUUAAAUUUUACUUCUCCUAGCACAGUUAUAUAGGCUUCUUAUUUUCAGUGCUUUUGGCCUGUUUCUUUUUGUACUUUAUUUCAAAUCUUCACCGAGAUAAAGCUAUCUGCAAUUUAUUCCUUGGAACAAAUUGACAAAAAAAAGGGGGGGUGGGGGUAAAUAUGCUGGAGUAAACAGCACCUGAUUAUGCUGAGACAACUUAAGCAAAGUAAAUAAUUUAAUUUGGAGGCACAAUUUUAAAAAAACAUAUUUUGUUUAAACAACAAAAAGUUUUUAAAUUUAAAAUCAAUUCACAUUUCUACUGAACUCUCUGUUUUAAACAAAAUGUGGUUGUGGCAUUGAAACAAUAUAAUAUAUUGGAAACAAAGUGGAACUAUGAAGUAUGAACACAGUCUUUGCAUCAGCUUAUAGCAGUAUAAUAUAUUGUAUACAAAACAGCUCUUAUGUAAUAAACAUUUUUAUACUGAUGGUUAUGUAUGAAAUAAAGAUGCUGCUUUUGUUUUUGUGUGUGGAGACACAGUGACACAGGGCAGUGUGUCUAAAGAA